CCGUUUGACGUAUAGUCAGCUGACUCUCAGCAGUCAUUUCAGUGUUCUUCGCCGACCUUCGCUGCAGUGUGCACGGGGAUCUCAAAGCAUCAUCUCUACUUUGCUACAUCUGGUUCGUGUGUCAAAUAAUGGCUAGUCAAUCACAGGGCAUUCAGCAGCUGUUGCAGGCUGAAAAACGAGCGGCAGAGAAGGUUGCAGAGGCCAGAAAACGCAAGAAUCGUCGUCUGAAGCAGGCCAAAGAGGAAGCCCAAGCUGAGAUUGAGCAGUAUCGUCUCCAGAGGGAGAAGGAGUUCAAGACCAAGGAGGCCGCGGCACUGGGUUCCCAUGGUAACUCUGCUGUGGAGGUGGACAAGGAGACAGUGGAUAAAAUGGCCCACAUCCAGAAUAGUUACCAGCAGAACCGCGAAGCCGUGCUGGGCAACCUGCUAAAGAUGGUGUGCGACAUCAAGCCUGAGAUUCAUGCCAAUUACCGUGUGGCUGGAUAAAAGCCUUUCCCCACCCCCUGGUCCCUUACACCCCCCCAAUCACAUCCAACACAUAAACCUAGGAGGCACUGAGACAAGGACUGCCACUAUGUGGCCAUCACACCUUCACUAUAGUAUCGCCGUGCACUCACAUAACACUAUUCCCUGUGUUCCGCCUUUUGUGUAUUGCAAGCUCCAUGCUUACCUCCAGUGGGCUUUGUCCAUUAAAGUACACAUUUCCUGUUUAGGCCGAAAUCUUUUAUUUAUGCAGGUUUUCUAAGUGGCGUUGACUUAGUAUCUUAGCAUGCCAUCUGUAGGUCAUACUUAAGAUGUAUUUCAGGGUGAGUUGUUAUGAGUAGAUAAGAUCAUAGGUGUAAAUCGGCAUCAACUUGUCUUGAGCUGACAUAGUGCAGUGUUGUUCUCUUGCCUCCGUGGUGCUCUCUUAACUGCUUGUAGGGUCUUAAGCGAUCAGUAGACUGACAUUUUUUGUUGUUGUGAUGGACACUUGUGAGUUUGUCUUGCUAUGCAAUGUGAUGUUUAUUUAUGAGUAAAAAUGUACCGUUUAUCAGAACAGCCUGUGGAGAAAAAAUUGAUUGAGUCUGUCCUCUCUUUCCCACUACCAUGGGAUAAUCAAAAUGAUCUUGAUUGAAACUAUUCCAGUUGCUGUAACCCCCCCUCCCCCCUUACGUGACUCACCAUCCUCCCUAUUUAUUUUCUCAACCCUGUGUCCUCAGUGGCUUUCUGAACUUCUAUGUCUGACAUUCCUCUGUUUACAGCUGGUGUCGCAGCACAGCAAAACAGUAAUAAAUGGUUCUGGUGGUGUA